AUGGCCUCAAAUGAGUCGCGGCUUCAGCAGCAGCCCUCUCAGAAGGACGCGGCCGACCAGAACUUUGACUACAUGUUCAAGCUGCUGAUCAUCGGCAACAGCAGUGUGGGAAAAACCUCGUUUCUGUUCCGCUACGCAGACGACUCCUUCAACUCUGCCUUCGUCAGCACCGUGGGCAUCGACUUCAAAGUCAAAACGGUCUUCCGCAAUGACAAGAGGAUCAAGUUGCAGAUUUGGGAUACAGCAGGGCAGGAGCGCUAUCGUACAAUCACUACAGCGUACUACAGGGGAGCCAUGGGCUUCCUGCUCAUGUAUGACAUCACUAACCAGGACUCGUUCAACGCUGUGCAGGACUGGUCGACGCAGAUCAAGACGUACUCGUGGGACAAUGCUCAGGUGACCCUGGUUGGGAACAAGUGUGACCUAGAGGACGACAGGCUCAUACCUACAGAGGACGGCCAGCGGCUGGCAGAGGAUCUGGGUUUUCAGUUCUUCGAGGCCAGCGCUAAGGACAACAUCAACGUCAAGCAGGUGUUCGAGCGUCUCGUCGACGUGAUCUGUGACAAGAUGAACGAGAGCAUGGAAGGAGACGACAAUCUGUCCACCCACCACAGGAACCAGGGCCUUAAAGACUCGUCGUCGGAGAGCCACGGGAGCUGUGCUUGCUAAACCUGUAGCCUUUUUACCAAGAAUCCAACACACACA